AUGGCAGAUAGCAAUCACGCAACCACACUCAAUGUUGCCUACUUGGGACCUGAGGCAUCAUUCUCCCACCAAGCAGCCAUUGAAGUCUUUCGAGCCUCAUCGUCGUCUGGGCAUACUAUCUCUCUACACCCACUCCCCUCCUUCCCUGUCAUUUUCUCGGCUAUUCAAGCAACAGAAGCUUCUGAACAGACUAUAAGCUACGAUUUUGCAGUCGUCCCUUUCGAAAACAGCACCAAUGGCUCUGUCGUUCCGGUCUUUGACUUAUUAGCCCGGUGUGGCCAUACCCCAAUGCUCUAUCCUGACUUGGAAGUCUGCGCGGAAUAUUAUCUCCCUGUACACCAUUGCUUGUUUGUCUCGCCUUCUCCAAGGUCAGCCACCACUUCAUCCCAGUCUCUGUCAGACGAACACAAGGGGGACUUGUUACGUGCAAUCCGGACACUGUACACGCAUCCCCAAGUCUGGGGCCAAUGUAACCGUUAUUUGGCUAAACAUUUUCCUCCCAACGUUGUGGAGCGCAUUGAUGUGGGAAGUACCUCUGCCGCUGCUCAGUUGGUGGCUCGAGAAUCCCAACAGAAAAGCAAGACUCCGGUGACAGAUGGGAUCAGCGCUUCAAUCAGCCCAAAAAUCGCUGGUGAGAAGCAUGACCUACUAUGCUUAGCAGAGAACAUAGAGGACGAGCCGGGGUUGAACACUACGAGAUUUCUCGUCGUCCGCAACCGCAACCGCCAGACGCAGUCGGAAGAUUUACACGCAUCGUUAUUUUUGCCCCGUAACCACGUCGACGAUUCAAGAUACAAGUCCCUGAUAUCAUUCACCAUCCCACACUCCAAACCAGGCAGUCUGGCCGAUGCAUUGGCCGUGUUCAAGCACUACGGGUUCAACCUAACGAGCAUUGACACCCGACCAAGCAGGACGCGGACCUGGCAGUAUGUGUUCUUUGUGGAGUGUGAGGAGGCAAACCCAGAUCAACACAAUCGUGCGGUUGCGGACGUGGGAUUGGCUAGGGAUGACGCACGGGGAGGACAGGAGGACAAGAAUGGCAACUCCAACCUCAUGAAGAUGCUCAGUGAGCUCGGCAAGUUCACCGAGACUUUAAGAUAUCUAGGGAGAUUUGUAGACCAAUCACCUGGGAAUCAGCAAGAAGACGAAUCAAAGGCCUGA